AUGGCUUUGCUGUCUUCUUCCCCAAGCGUGGGACCUAACAUAUGCGUCGUCGUUUCGGGACUUCGUCUUCAACUCUUCAUCGACUGCCGCCGAAGCGGCGGCUCACCCUAUCAAAAUCUAUCGAAGGUCUUAACAGCUUUUCCCGAUUCCGCCUUUUCUGAGAUCUCAAAUGCGCGCCAAACUCUUUUGAUCUCCUGGAACUCCAUUGACGCGAUGGACGGCAACAAGGACGAAGCUCUGAGAUGCAUCGCCAUCGCCGUCACUUCUUCUGUUGACUGUUGGUUGUUACAGAUGCUGCUGCUGUGA